GCCACCGCUCCGCUGUCCCUUCGGCCCCUGGUCCCGCCGGCGCCCCGCACCCGUCGGCGAUGAACAGCGUCAAUGGCACGUCGCGGCCCAGCCUUGGUCUCCCUGUACUUCCCUCCCAAAGCCACGCCCUUGGUAGAAGAGGACGACCUUCCCUGAUAGAAGAGGACGGUUCUUCAGUUGAAGAACUCGACCCUGGCCCAUUUUUCCCCUCUCUGCGGGCGAACAUCGCCAUCAUUGCAGGCGUGAUCGCUGCUGUAGCCAUCGUCCUGAUCUGCCUCCUCAUCGUCAUGCUACGCUACAUGUACAGACACAAGGGGACCUACCACACCAAUGAGGCCAAGGGCACAGAGUUUGCUGAGAGUGCAGAUGCAGCCCUGCAGGACGACCCCUCCCUCCAGGACACAGGUGACAACAGCAGAAAGGAGUACUUCAUCUGAGGAGCACCAGGCCUCGCCUCCCCCAGUGCCUCCUUCAACUCCACGAGAGAAGAUGCACCCCACAACCCCACCUGCUAUCUGUACCACCAGUCGGAUCGUGAGAGUGCCCACCUCAUCCCAAGAUAUGCACCUGGCCUGGGAACACUAGGUGCUAGCCUGGGGAGAGAGAGGGAAGAAGGAACUGAGCCACAGAGGCCUCUCCCAGGCACCCAGGGAUACAGUGGCCACCCAGGAGGCCUGCCUUUGCUCUGCCAGAGGGAGAAAGUCUGGGUUCUCCUGGACAGUGCAGUUUGUUAUCAGCAUGGUGUGAAAGUCCUUGCUGGGCGGGUGGGCCUGAGGGCUGGGGAAGCAAGGAAGUGAGUCAUCUGUAAGCUGACUGGGGAUAAUGGCAUCAAAUGUCAGUCCUUGACAUUUGGGGGGAACAGCAGGUGCCAGAGCUAAAAGGCACCUUUGUCUCCCAUUGAUCCAGCUCUAAAUGAUUGGAAAUAAAUUUGAAAUGUAACCAA